AUGUGGCUUUUGGAGGAGGUUCCUGGAUGGUUUUGGGCGGCAUUUCGAUGGAAGCAAAGGAUAAAAUUAUUGAAACCAAGGAUGUCUGAAACUCCCCAGCCUGGCGUUGCAAAGAAAGAAUUGACGCCGAAACCAAAUCAGGUUUCGACAGUUGUCCUCUAUGGAGUACCAAUUGUGUCAUUAGUUAUUGAAAACCAAGAGAGAUUGUGUUUAGCCCAGAUAUCUAAUACCUUAUUGAAACAGUUCAGUUAUAACGAAAUACACAAUCGUCGUGUAGCUCUAGGUAUAACAUGCGUACAGUGCACCCCUGUUCAACUUGAAAUUUUACGAAGAGCUGGAGCUAUGCCGGUGUCCUCUAGAAGAUGCGGAAUGAUAACUAGAAGAGAAGCAGAACGUCUAUGCAAGAGUUUUCUUGGUGACAAUGCACCUCCACGUUUACCAGAAGAUUUUGCUUUUGCAGUUCAUCAUGAAUGCGCUUGGGGAUGCAGAGGAUCAUUUUUACCUUCGCGUUACAACUCGUCAAGAGCCAAAUGUAUUAAAUGUACAGUGUGCGGGUUGUUUUUUUCACCAAAUAAGUUUAUUUUUCAUUCACAUCGCUUGAGUGCUAACGAUAAAUAUGUGCAACCAGAUGCGGCUAAUUUUAACUCAUGGAGACGUCACAUGAAACUAAGUGGAAAUCCUCCCGAAGAAAUUAUUUACGCUUGGGAAGAUGUGAAGGCUAUGUUUAAUGGGGGAACUCGAAAGAGAUUAUUAGCCAGUUCUUUAGUCAGCCGGUCUCCGAAACAAAGUAAAAUUGAGCCACAACCUCAACCGAUUGUUCCAGCACCCAGAAUUCCAAAUUGUCAAGAAUUAUCCUUACCUAUUUCCAGAGUUGCAAUGGAUUUCAUAUAUCACAAACCACUAGCUUUCACUUCUUACUCUUCGUUUCCGUGGUUGAAACGCAAUCCCAUAUUAUUUCCUCAAGAUAAUCCUUUCUUUCCCAUCGAUAAAAGUUAUCAAUCUGCUUUCAAACCAGUGCAACCUAUUGUUGAAAGGACUGUUUCGCAAAAGGAUGAAGAAAGUGACGAUGAAGUUGAUAUUGAAACUACUGAUGACAAAUCUGAUACUACACCUAACUGGGAUUUGAAAGAGGAACAGGUAAGUUAUUUUGACUAUUACAUAUCGGAUAAUUUUAUCUGUAUCAUUUGGGAUAUGAUGAAAGAUGAUACAAAAAUAAGAUUUGGAAGAAACAGAGUAAGAGCAAGGAUUAAAUCACUAAAUGGAGUACUGUGGAGUACUAAAAUAGGAAAACAACGAAAUCUGAGGAUCUACAAUGCAAUGAUUGGGAGUACGUUAGUAUAUGGAUAUAGUAUAUGGAUAUGGAUCGGAAACGUGGAAAAUAAAAGGACAACAAAAGAAAAGAAUAGAGCUAUGGGAAUGGACGCCCUAAGAAGAGCAAAUAGAGCAUCAAAGUUAGAUCGAAUCAGAAACGACUUAAUAAAAGAGCAAAUGAACCUGAAACAAACAAUUAUAGAAUAUGUUGAGGAAAAGCAGUUAAUUUGGUACGGUUACGUGCAGAGAAUGGGCCAAAAAAAACAUGAAGCUGUUUCUGUUGAACCAUCUCCUAGUCCUCAACCAUUUAGUGAACCUACUAGACAUCGUGAAGAAAUAUCUGCUAUUUCGCAAAAGAUUUGGAACCUUUCAAGACUAUCUUUUGAUGGAACCGACAGAACAAAUUUCUUAUACAGGCAAGAUUUACAUCGACAUUUUCUUAUAGGAUCAGGAGAAUCAUCAUCGAUGUUACGAACUUCAGUUGGAAUGGCCAUGAAUCUGAAGCCUAACGUGGAUUGUUCAACUUGUUUAAAUCAUAAUAACUCCGUUUUUUCGCCUCCAGAAACUAGUAAUAAAGUUACUUAA